CAAAAGAUGGUUCAUUUAGUCACUUACCUUGGAUACUUCCAGCAGUACGAUGUGGAGUUUGAAAGGAUGCCACAAGUUAAACCUACAGUAAGAAGAUCACUAUAUCAAAUCACAUUUGUAAUUGUCUGGUUGCACACGAAAACCAAGUCAUAAGAACUUUACUCUGAUGCAGGCACUGAGAUUCUAUGGUAGUUUCAACGUUGUAGUAGCUGGUAUCACUAUUGUCAACAGCUCGCAGUGUCAUCUCAAGUUUGACAGCUGUCAAGGAGUGAUGGUCCAUGACGUAACAAUAUCCUCCCCAGAAAACAGCCUCAACACUGAUGGAAUACACCUGCAGAACUCUAAAGAUGUCAGCAUUCAUCAUACCAACCUGGCUUGUGGUGAUGACUGCGUCUCCAUUCAAACAGGAUGCAGCAAUAUAAAUAUACACAAUGUGAAUUGUGGACCUGGCCAUGGAAUCAGCAUUGGAGGCCUAGGCCGGGACAACACAAAAGCAUGUGUCUCCAAUGUUACUGUAAGAGAUGUCAACAUGUUCAGAACCAUGACUGGUGUCAGAAUCAAGACCUGGCAGGGUGGCUUAGGCUUGGUUCAAGAUGUACGGUUCUCGAACAUCCAAGUCUCAGAAGUCCAAACACCAAUCAUCAUAGACCAGUUUUACUGUGACGAAAGAACAUGCUCAAAUCAAACAUCAGCAGUGGCAGUAUCAGGCGUUCAGUAUGAGAACAUCAGAGGAACAUUUACUAUCAAGCCUGUUCAUUUUGCAUGCAGUGACAGCUCACCUUGUUCAGGGAUAACUCUUACUGGAGUACAACUCAGGCCUGUCCAAAUAUCCCACUACCGCCUAAACAACCCUUUCUGCUGGCAAGCUUUUGGGGAGCUCUACACUCCAACAGUCCCUCCAAUUGCUUGCUUGCACCUUGGAAAACCUGCUGGGAACAACUUACAGUCAUAUCACGACUUAUGUUGAUAUACACAAAGGUACCUUCAUCCAUUGAUUGGUGCUUAUCCAUGAAUGGUCGUGAAACUUCCGACCCCUUUGCACCAUUGCUUGGCGGUGUGCAUAUAUACAGUUAUUCUGAUGCCAUUGUUACUAUAGCACGUGUGACCCUUCAA